CCUUCCUCAUCUCACAAUUCGCUUUUUUCUCUCUCUACAAUUCCCAAUCUCACGUUCAAGUUCACCACUGCACACUGCUCAUUCGAGCUAGGAAGUUCAAUUUUCAUUGAAUGGAAGAAGUAAUUAAGAAACGAGUCAGAGACGAAACGGAAACAGAAACGGAGACGGAGGAGAUUGACUCGCCGGAGGUGAAGCGGCUUAGGGAGGAUCUGCUGGACGGAAUCGACGAGGAUUCCGAUCUCUGCAACUCGAUCCAUGACCUCGACUUGUUCAUGAAGAGCUUCGAAGAGGAAAUCACCGCCUCUCCCGCUGCCGGUCACGGAUCCGGAGCCGCUGGGGAAGGAAUCGUCGACUCGGCGUCGGAUUCCGGCGAAUCCCGGCCGGAUCUAGGCUAUCUACUCGAGGCGUCGGACUACGAUCUAGGGAUUCCUCCUCCGGCGGCGUCUCCGGCGAGGAAGGAGCUUGUAACGGUCGAGUCGGACUCGUCUGAGUUCGGAGGAGAGUUUUGGGAGGUUGAUGAGUUCGGGUUCGGGUUUGGGGGAGGGGAGAGUGGUAGCGGUGAAUACGUGGCGUUGGACGGGUUGUUUGACUAUUCAGAUGUAGGAUUCGGGUCGGGUGAUGUUGUGUGGAGAUCCGAGACGUUGCCGGCGCAGUAAGGGUGAGGGGUUUUUGUUCCCACCUUAUGCUGGUGUUGGUGUUAGGCGAAGAAUAUUGUUAAUAUAUCAAUUUAUUUUAUUUUAUUAGUUUAAUCAGUUUUUAUACUAGAAAAAAGUGUGACAAAAUAUAAACAUAUUGAUCUAGAAAAGAUUGUUAAGAGAAUGUUCUCUAAUUUGACGGAUGUAUCUAUGGAGAUAACGAAAUUAUGAAGUUACCAAAUGAUUAAUUAA